AUGGCCAGUCACGACUCCCAAAAAGACUCACUCGACAUUAACACCCUUCCUUUUAAACUGCCACCGUUUACCCCGAGCAAUCCUCGCGUUUGGUUCAGGCAGAUCGAGGCUGUUUUUGCGACAAGCCGCAUUACUAGCGAGCGUACCCGCUAUUCGUACGUUUUGCAGUCCCUCCCAUUUGAUGAAGCUGUCACCGUCGAAGACCUCCUUGACCCCAUUCCAGCAGACAAACCGUAUACGCUGCUGAAGGAAGCGGUAAUCCAAUGGGUGGCUAAAUCGGCCAACCUUAUGCUGCGGGAACUUUUCACGCAAGUAGAGCUAGGUGAUCAGACACCUUCCCAGCUCAUGCGUCACAUGCGCUCACUUCUCGCUGGUGGAGACAUAGACGACGCCAUUUUUCGCGAGAUUUGGUUAGAAAAGUUACCGGUGCCUAUGCAACAGGUUUUGGUUAUGUUGGACUCGAAUACACCGUUAGAGAAGCUAGCUACCCACGCUGACAGAAUCAAAGAGUGUUACCCCAUUGGUGCCUCGUGUUCCAAUAUUCAACAGCCCCGCCUUCCAAAGGCAAGCCCCAUCAGGGCAUUGACUUUGACUCAGAAGGCCUAG